AUGAAUGAGAGGGACGAUUUAAUGAGCGGUAAUACAGGUUCAAAGUUCUUUAAGAACGUCCAGUCACUAUUCUCGAAAAGAGAGUCAAUUGACCAAGAAGUGAUAUUACAAAUAGAUUCUACCAACGUCUUACAAUCUUCAAUGUACUGCCCAGCCACUCGAAGAAAAUCGUGUUCUCGAAAGAGUAGUCUAUCAUUACAACGUUCAGACUCGUUUAAGAAGAAAGAACCCAAGAAGAUAAACCAUCCAACAACGAUCAAGCAGAUCAAUUCUAUAUAUUCACAAAUUCAUGAGCAGAACGUUUCCGUACUAUCACAAAGUAAAAUCACCUACAUUGAACCAAACUCUAACAUUAUGUUCCCAAGAAUCACCCCUGACAUAUUAAAAGAUAUCAUUUGUAAUGAUCUACAUAAACCUCAUUUCAAAUCGUACAAGAUCAUCGAUUGCAGAUUCGAAUAUGAAUUUAAAGGUGGACAUAUAAAAAAUGCAAUAAAUUUAUCAACUCAAAAAGAUAUUGAAAAAAAUUUGCUUGAGUUGGAGAGGAAAAGUAACACAUUGCUCAUAUUCCAUUGUGAAUUCAGUUCCCAUAGAGGACCCAUACUUGCAUCGCAUUUAAGAAAUUGUGAUAGAAUGCUUCACUACGAUAAUUAUCCAAACCUUUUCUAUCCAGAUAUAGUUAUCGUAAAUGGAGGUUACAAAGACUUUUACGCCCGUUUCCCAGAGUUAUGCUAUCCAAAUAAUUAUGUUGAGAUGAAUUCAAAAGAAAAUUGCAAGAUUCUCGAAAUUGAACUAACAAAAUUCAGGAAGGAUUCGAAACGUGUAAUAUCAAGGACAAACUCUUCAAAAAUAUUCAACGAUUUUAAACCAGAACAACCACCAAAAUUAUCCUUCGAAUUUUGCUCUAAUUCAAGUAAUAGCAGUGACAUCUCCAGUGAUGAUAACAUUUCCCCAAUAAGUACAAACAGCAGUACCAGUCGUUUCAGUGUUAGCAAGACGUUACUUAUGGAUUCUCUAGCAAGCGACAAUCAAUACUUUAGUUUCGACGAGAUUGAUGAAAAAGAACUCUCAUUCUUGGACAAUGAUGAAAAAAGAGGUAAGAAAUUGAUGUUCCUAACCGGUGGUGAUUGA